UUGGUGGAUAGUCGUUUUCGGUUCCCUAACUUAGAAACCGGCCGACCGGUGUCACUGUCAUUGUCGCUGUCAUCGUACAUAUUAAGUGCAUAGCCUACCUACAGUUGACUGUAUGUUUAUACACUUUAUUAUGUACAGAGCAAUAUACGAUUAUCGUAUAAACAAAUUGUACACUAUUAAAACAUCGAAUAGGAAAAUAUUGACUUAGAUAAUUAAGUACCACAAUAUUAUCUGUGUUCAAUAAAGAAGUUUAAAAUUUUUUAUUUUAUAUUAUUUUAUAUUAAACUUUUAUCAAUAUCACUCGCACGGAAGUACAAAUUGGAAAUCUAUAACAAUAUAAAAACUAAAUAGAUGUAAUGAGUAUUGUCAAACAAGGGUUUAUUGCUGUCCACGUAGGUGCAGGAAAGCAUUCAAAUGCUCUUAAGGAAAAAUAUCAAAAGUUAUGCCGCCUAGCCUGUGAAACUGGUAUUCAAAAUUUAAAGAAUGGUGGCAAUACAUUGGAUGCAAUAGUAGAAACUAUAAUGAUAUUAGAGAAUUCACCUCUAACAAAUGCUGGAUUUGGUUCUAAUCUUACUUUAGAAGGAACUGUUGAAUGCGAUGCCAGUGUGAUGGAUGGCACAACAUUACAGUUCGGAGCAGUCGGUGCAGUUAGUGGAAUAAAAAAUCCUGUGUUGUUAGCAAAACGUCUUUGUGAACAACAGUCAAUUAAAAUUGCAUAUGGCAGAAUUCCACCAAGCUUUCUAGUUGGGAAUGGAGCACACGUAUGGGCACAAGAAAUGGGGAUUCAAACUUUACCUCCAGAACAGCUAAUUUCAAUGAAAGCCCAAAAGAUAUAUAAACAUUACAAAAGGAAAGUAGAGGAUUCAGAUCAGGAAAUUCAAAAGUGUGCCAAAAAGAGAAUGGAUACAGUUGGUGCAAUAUGUGUUGAUAAAGAAGGAAAUAUUGCUGCUGCCUGUUCAAGCGGUGGUAUUAUAUUAAAAUAUCCAGGAAGAGUAGGACAAGCUGGAGUAUGGGGUUGCGGUACUUGGGCAUAUAAAGACAAAUACUCAAUAGGAACAAGUACAUCUGGCUGUGGAGAACACCUAAUUCGUACUUCAUUAGCACGCACAAUUGCAGAAGCUAUUUCAAAUAGCUCCUGUCCAACCACUAGUUUACAUCAUGCUAUGAAAGUCAAUUUUAUCGAUUCAAAAUUUUUGUGUGGACUUGAACAGAAACUUGGAGGUGUCAUUGCUCUUCGAUAUUCACCGCAGGAAGGACUGGGUGAUCUUCUAUGGAGUCAUUCAACUAAUUCAAUGAUAAUAGGUUACAUGAAUUCUACUGAGCAAUCAGCGGUAAGUCAUAUGUCCAGCCUCUCACCUAACGAAGUUGGCAAAAAAGCAGUUGUGGAAGGAAUAUGUUUCAAGAUUAACGAAACAACUGACUCUUAAUAAUACUGUCUGAAUACAUGCAAUUUUUUGGUCUGUUUAUUAUUAUUAAACGAUAAGUAAAAGACGAAGCAAUACUGCCUAUAGAAAAUGAUUGUACACACGUUAAACGGAAUGUCUUAAAGAGUUCAUAACAUUCAACACCUCAAAAUACACGAUUAUUACUAUUUCAUGAUAUAGAAAACCUGUAUGACGUAAUGAUAGUACAUAAUAUCUGUACCUCUGAAAAUGGAUGGUUGUUAUUAACUUGCGAGGCUCAACAAGGAACAAGCUGCCUUAUAGAAAUAGUGAACAGCUUAUACAUAUAUUUUGGAAACAUAAUUAGUGAAGUGCCUUGCUUCCUUUAUAGAAAUCCGAUCAUCCAUGAGCAAUCCAAAUGGCACAGAUAUCCUCUGCUAUCAGUUUCUAUCCAAUUAUUGUUAGGAUACAUAUGUUGUUAAGCAAACUCCCAUUUACUAUAUCUUUACAGUAUCUUUAACAAAGUUUUGUGAAAGUUUUAUGAAACCAGAAUCAAAUAAAAUGUAUUAUUCCAAGCAAAAUUA